CAGGUCACCUCCCUCCACGCCCCUUUCCCUUGGCCCCGGCAGCCGGCAGGCAGGGAAGUGUCGUAAAGCCAGGCCUAGGAAACUUUACCCGGGGUAACAGCCGAGGCGCUUUACGGCGACGGCGGCUGAGUGUGAACCUUGGCGGCGGUGGAGGCGGCCGCGGCGGCGGAGGAGGCGGCGGCGGCGGCGGCUGAGGAGGAAGAGGAGUGGCGGCAGUGGCGGCGGGGACCUGUGCGGGGAUGGCGGAGGUACCGCCUGGGCCUAGCAGCCUCCUCCCACCACCAGCACCUCCGGCCUCGGCGGCGGCCGAGCCCCGCUGCCCCUUCCCGGCGGGGGCCGCCCUCGCCUGCUGCAGCGAGGACGAGGAGGACGACGAGGAGCACGAAGGCGGCGGCGGCGGCGGCGGCGGCAGCGGCAGCGGCAGCGGUAGGAGCCCGGCGGGCGGCGAGGCGGCGGCGGCGGCGGCGGCCAAGGGGCAUCCGUGCCUUCGCUGCCCUCAGCCGCCGCAGGAGCAGCAGCAGCUCAACGGAUUGAUCAGCCCCGAACUGCGGCACCUCCGGGCGGCCGCCUCCCUCAAGAGCAAGGUUCUGAGCGCGGCGGAGGCGGCCACGACCACGGCCACCCCCGACGGGGGGCCCAGAGCGACUGCAACAAAAGGAGCUGGGGUACACUCGGGCGAGAGCCCCCCUCACUGCCUCCCCAGUAAUGGAAGAACUGCGCUCCCCAGCCCGGCAGAGGCAGUGGCGGCGAGCGAUCCUGCGGCGGCCCGCAAUGGACUGGCGGAGGGCACCGAGCAGGAGGAAGAGGAGGAAGACCGGCAGGUGCGGCUGCUGUCUUCAUCCCUGACCACCGGCUGCAGUUUAAGAAGCCCCUCGGGCAGGGAGGUUGAGCCUGGGGAGGAUCGGACGAUACGUUAUGUCCGAUAUGAAUCCGAGCUACAAAUGCCCGAUAUCAUGAGACUGAUCACCAAAGAUCUGUCUGAACCCUACUCCAUUUAUACGUAUAGAUAUUUUAUCCACAACUGGCCACAGCUGUGCUUCUUGGCCAUGGUAGGGGAGGAGUGUGUAGGUGCCAUCGUUUGCAAGUUGGAUAUGCACAAAAAGAUGUUCCGCAGAGGUUAUAUAGCCAUGUUAGCCGUGGAUUCCAAAUACAGGAGAAAUGGCAUUGGUACUAACUUGGUUAAGAAAGCUAUAUAUGCCAUGGUUGAAGGAGACUGUGAUGAGGUUGUUUUGGAAACAGAAAUAACGAAUAAGUCUGCUUUGAAACUUUAUGAAAAUCUUGGUUUUGUUCGAGAUAAGAGGCUGUUCAGAUACUAUUUAAAUGGAGUUGAUGCACUGCGACUUAAAUUGUGGCUGCGUUGAGAAACUGACAUCGAGGAACAACUUUCCAACCAUGCAGAAUCGACCUUUGCAUGCAAUGCAAUUUGUACAGAAUUGCUUUGCAGGUGGAUUUAGUAAUUUCCAUGCAGCUCUUAUCUGUCAGUGUCUCAUUGAGUGUCGCACAAUAUUUGUUGCACUUUGGCAUGGCGCAUUUGUUCUGAAUUAAAAGAGAUUGUUUUAAACUUAAAGAGUUCUUUUGGUACCAGCAAGAUGUGCCAGUUGAUAGCCAAGAUUUGUUUGUUCAUUUGCAAAGUCUGAUGACAAUGUCAUUUACACAGUGAUCAUUUUGUCACAGAACCAGUAAGUGGAACAUGAUUUUUGUUCCUUAAAAAAAGCCAAUAUAGAUUGUAAAAAUCUCUAAGUAUACUAACAUUUCACAUGAAACCUGCCAUAGUUUUCUGAAGGGGGUGGGGGAAAAGCUUCAAUUUUAGGUUUUAUUUUUUCAAUAUUAAAUUUUCCAUUCUUGAAUAUUGGUACCUCAGUGAUUAGUGAAUGAAAAAAAAAUGUUAUGUAGGGUUGGGUGUGUCUUACAAUGAGUAAAGAUAACAAUUAAAUUGCGUCUGCCAGUGCCUGUGUAGAUAAGUAUAUUUGUCUUCAUCUCUAGUUUUUGAAUGCAUGCUAUCUUUUCCUUUUCUUUUAAGGCCUUUGCAAGCAAACUUUUGUUUUUAUUUAAAUUCUAAAUUUGAUAAUAAAUUAUUUCAGAUUUUUAUAAUUUGGAUACUUUUUUCCAGGUGAGUGACAGAGUGGUUUACUGUAAAGUCCCUUCUUUCCUUACAGUAAGAAGUUGAAUCUACUUGGAAAAUCUUUGAGAAAUGACUCAAAAGGGAUGAGAAAAGUUGAUGGAGCCGGGAAUUGCUGGGGUUUUGGAUGCACUUUUUUUUUUUUUUUUUUUUUGAGAGUGAGGGAAUUUUUGGAAAAGAAUAGAAAAUUAAUGUAAAUUGGUAUGAUUUUAUUUAAUCAAAAUUAUUGCUAAGCUGUGAAGAACAGCUUUUACAAAGUAAUUGGAACUUUUUUCCCACUUGAUAUGGAUUUCACAUUGCUUCUAUUUCUUAAAACGCUUCACUUUUGGUUCUUGGUCUUGGAAAUAAAUUUCAAGGUGCAUUGUAUCCAUUUUAAACUGAUUUUAUUUUCUUUUCACUUAUUUGAGCAAAUUCUUGAGGAAGCUUUUGCUUAUUUCUCAGAAAAACAAAAGGGAAAAUUGUAAAAAAUUUUUGGAAUGAGUUCUAUGGGUUUUCUUAAUAGUUAUCACCAUGUUCAGUUACAUUGUAUUUUGGCCAGUCUGUGCAAUGUAACAGAUUUUAAAGGUAAUUGCUUCCAAUUGAGUCAGGAAACCUGUGAUGGGUAAUUUAACUGGAAAACCUAACUACCCAUAAAAAAAAAAAAAAAAAAAAAAAUUAAUGCUCUGUGAAAAGUGUAAUUUUUUAGGAAUCUAUGUUAUUCUUUCUUUAAUUUGGAUAUGCUCUACUUCUGCUCUAGGAUUUGGUUUGAAUUUUAUUUUAUGGCUAUAAUUACUGUAUUUUUAAAAACCCUACCUCCAUUAACAGUUGGUAAAAGCCCCCUUUCAGGAAAGUUUGUUGCCUUUUUUUUUUUUUUUUUAAAAAGGAAAGCUGCUCCUUGCUCAGUGUAGUGUCUUAAAAGUGAACAUGGUAUUAAGUACUUUUAAAAUAAUGAUAUACAGAUUUGGUGAAAAUAAAAUCCUCCUGCUGGUGGAAUCAUUCAUCGUUCCUAAUUUUUAAAGACAACUUUUUCUUUUCCAUUUUAUAUUGCUCUUGAAAGUUUAAUGGGCAGAGUACUAAAUACAUUAAAAAUGUGAUGAUCACACAAUACUCAACUUUCCAGCUGACGAUUUUGAGUAUGUCUUUGCUCAAAUGUCAUUUGGGCUCCAGCAUUUAGAGGAAUGCCAAUCCUAGUGAUGCUUCUGUUAUUUUUAAUAUGGAAGGAACUGAACCAAAACAGUUAUCAAAUUUUAUCUCACCAUUUUAUAUUUGACUUGCUGAUUCAUGAGUAAUGAUUGUUGAUGAAUAUACAUUUGCUUGACUCACUAAUGGGGACAGUUGUAAAGCAGAUAUAUGCUAGAUUUUUACUUCCAACAUUAUGUUUUUAGCAGGUUGUCAAUGAAACCAUCUCUAUUGAUCUUUUACCCCAGAAUUGACUAGGUUUUGCUGAACUGACUGGGUGUUUGUAAACAUGACCUUAACCAGUGACUAAAAUGUCAGAUGGCUGCUGUAUUAUUCAGUUGGUGUAUGUUGAAUAUACAUGUCUCCCUUAUGUUUUUAAUUGGUUAUGCAAAAAUUGUUUAGUUAAGUAGACUAAAAUUUUAAUAUCUAGCAUGAUAACCCAGCAGCAAAACUCAUAAGUGUCCAUUCCAAUUGAAGUAGCAUCAUACAUUAAUUUACUUUUUGAUAUCAGGCUUUCAUUUUUCUUAUAUAAUAUUAAAACCAUCCCAUUUAAAAAUGACAGAGUGAGUUCACUUGGCUAAAACUGAGCAAAAUUGGUGCAACUUUCUUUUAAUGGGGUGCUGCCUCUUUAAGACUGACUGUACUAUCCACUGACACUGGUUUGGCAGUUGAUACUGCUGAACAUUUUUAUACAUGCUACCAUGAAGCUAUAUAUGUUAGUAUUGAAGAAGCUAACGGGUAUGCUAUCAUUUUUGAUAUGUGGGCUAAUUGUAAUUUCCCUUACAUUAGGAUGAAACUACUCUAGAGAAGUCCACAGAUCAGAAACCAAACAGUAGUUUUUGAAGUUGAAGCCAACAACAACAACAACAAAAAAAAAAAAAAAAAAAAAAAAAAACUUACUAUUAAAAAAAAUUGGUUUUAAUAUUUUCUGCCUCUUCCCCAAAUUACCCUCCCUACUUGCUUGACAAAUCUAUGUAAAGGAGUUUGUUUGUCACAUGUUUUAAUUUUACUUGCCCUGUGUUAUGGUAUUGGCUGACAUGUAUAAGACUGGAUGUGUAUAUUUAUUAUGGUGUUUGAAAAUCAUGAAGUUCAUCACUUUCCAGGAGCAUAGAUAAAAGCAAAUUGGUAGUGCAUCAGAGUUACUUUUCAGUGCACCAUGACAUCACUAAAAUGAGUGCUAUAAUGUUACAGGGCUUUCAGGUUUGUAAAAACAUAACCAUAAAUUAUAUUGACGUCAGAUAUGAGUUGAGUAUCUAUAAAAUAUCACGUGUAUCUCAAAAUAUUGGACUGCUGUUUGAUGACUGGAUAUUGCUGCAUAAUUUUCUUCUAUUGUCCCAUAUCCUUUUGGACAGAGAGAUUUAAUGGGAUUUGAAAUGUGCAAGCUGUCUAAAUAAGAUGCAGUCAAAUAAAGUUGGUUAAGUUGUGUUUGCAUUUUUCUUUUAGA